GCUGCUUAUUUAGAAUCGCAUCAUAUCGUUUAUUUUCAUUGCAUCUUUAGGGUUUUGAAGAUUGAAGUUUACGAAUAAAAGCGUUGGAGAUCAGGCUUUAUCUAUCUGAUUGGAUGACUGUGCAACUACAGUUGCACUAUGGCUUCAAGUAUGUUGACUGGAGACCGAAGAUGGGGUACUGGCUCUGCACGAAGAGGGGGCAUGACAGUUUUGGGGAAAGUUGCUGUUCCAAAGCCUGUUAAUCUACCCAGUCAAAGGUUGGAGAACCAUGGUCUGGACCCAAAUGUAGAAAUAGUCCCAAAGGGCACACUUAGCUGGGCAAACUGUUCAUCUUCUUCUGCACCAAAUACAUGGGGUUCUUCAGCAUUGUCACCUCCUAGUUCUGAUGGAGUUGCUGGUUCACCAAGUCGGUUUAAUGGCCGCCCUUCAUCUGGUGGAAAUGGCACUCGACCAUCGACAGCUGGUAGUGAUAGAUCCCAUGAACCUGCGCCUAAUGCGUGGGGUCCAAAUUCUAGGCCAUCGUCAUCAUCUGGGGUAUUGGCAUCAAAUCAGACAUCGAUGGCGACAACGCGUCCUCGUAGUGCUGAAACAAGACCUGGUAGCGGUCAGCUAUCUCGGUUUGCUGAGCCCAGUUCUGAAAAUUCUGUUGCAUGGGGUGCAUUGGGGACUGCAGAAAAAUUGGUAUUUGUCUUGUCCUCCAAGGUUAACAGGUUCACUCUGAGCUCUGGUGAUUUUCCGACUCUUGGCUCUGAAAAGAACAGCGAGUGUCCUGGACAAAAAGGUCACAGUUCGCAAGGGCGUCCUGUCUCAGCUUCUGGUAUAGUUUCAACCCUGAAAGAGAGUUCAGGAACUUCUUCUGACCACGAGCCAGUUGAUGUCAAUGCAGACGGGGAGACUGCAAAUACUUGGACAGGUGAUAAGUCCCCAUUUGUUGGAGAUGAGGCCCCACCUAGCACAGAGAAGUGGCGGAGGGAACCUCAACCAUUUCCUAAUACUAUGCCACAUCAGCAUCUUGACCAUUGGCAUGGUACACCUGUACGACACUCUUCUGAGGGAGUCUGGUAUAGAGGACCUCCAGGUGGUCCACCAUAUGGGCCUGUCCCUCCUGGUAGCUAUCCUCUUGAACCAUUUAAUUAUUAUCAUCCACAAGUUCCACCUAGACCUUUAGCUAACCCACAGCCGGUUCCACGACCUGGAGCUGGCCCAAGCAAUUAUCACCCAAAACAUGCAGAAUCUUACCGGCCCCAAAUUCCUGAAUCUUACAUGCGUCCUAUGAUACCCAUGAGGCCUGGUGUUUACCCUGGUAUGGUGCCUUAUGAGAGCUAUUAUGGUCCCCCACUCAUGGCUAUGUGCAAUUCCAGUGAUCGAGAUGCUCCGGUCUUGGGCAUGGCAGCUGGUCCUUGUGUAUAUAACAGAUUCCCAAACCAGAACUUCCAUCAUGACUCUGGUAAUUUUCAUGCCAGGCCUGGUGGAUAUGGUUCUGCCAGCACCGCUAUGAUGAACGAACAGGUGGAACGUUCUCAUUCUCAUGGUGCUCAACGGGGUCCGUACAAGGUUCUUUUGAAGCAACAGGAUGGUUGGGAAGAAAAGGAUAGAGAAGAUAAGGGAGGGAUUGCCUUACCAACCAAUGCACCACUUGAAGGAGGGAAGCAACCGAGAGCUUCUGUGGAGAAUGAUUGGGUAACAGAUUACAAAAAGGAUAAAGCUGUGGAUUUGCUGAAAACAGUUUCUGGUGAAAAAGCUUCUUCACAACCCCCUGAUAAUCAGGAAGUUUCUUCUGUUCCUGUUGGCAUGGACGUUCCUGGAAUUAUGAGCAAUACUAAGGCAGUUAAUGACAGUUUGGUAAAGAAAGAAGAAUCGGCACCUAUUCCAGGAGGUCCACAACAAUUCCCUGCUACAAAAAGAAAUCCCUCUCUGAUAGACAAAAUAGAGGGCUUAAAUACUAAAGCUCGGAUUUCUGAAGGCCGGUAUGAUGGUGGCUCUAUUUCUAGUAGAGAUGAGAAAAUGAAAAGGUCAAGGGUUGUGAGUGGUAAUGUCGACCAUUCCAUGAAUGGAGCUGUUUCUGUUUCUGCCUCUGCUGAAAAACCUUAUAUUACUGGAAAGCCAAUUUUGUCAUCUCAAGAAUGUGGUGCUUCUAUGAAACCUAAGACCCUAGAACAGAAAACUUCCAGUGGUACAGCUGUUGCCUUUCCUGUCAGUGAAUCUCAAGCUUCAGCUGGCAAUGUAUUGAAUGCUCCUGAAGUUGGAGAAAAGAAUCAUGGUCAGAUUUACAAGAGGGUGCAUGUUGUUGAAAGUAGGGUGGACAACCAAGGUAAGGGAAGGUUUACUAGUCAAGGGGGUGAGGAAUGGAGAAACAAACCUAUUGUCGCGAAGUCUUCGACUGUUAUUCCUGGUGCAAAUAUUGAGACCUCUGAUGCUAAUGUGAAAGUCCUCGGUCCUCAUCAAGAAGCUCCUGAAAAGUCUGACUCAAACAUUUGUGGAAGAACUGGAGGAGAAUGUGAAACAUCCUCUGUCGGUCCAAACAAUUAUAAUGAACAGCGUGCUAAGAUGAAAGAGAUAGCAACCCAACGUGUAAAGCAGCUUCAGAAGGAAGAGGAAGAACGGACAAGAGAGCAGAAAGCCAAGGCACUUGCAAAAUUGGAAGAGUUGAACAGGCGGACACAAGCACAGAGUUCAACACAGAAGUUAGAUAACUCUGUGCCACUGAGUAGCUCUAUCCCGCAUAAGCUAGAAGGAUCCAUGUCCCAAGUAGAUAUGUGCAAUUCCAGAGAAGCACCAGGAUCGUCACUUGGUGGGAAUUCCAAUGCAGUUUCUCAGGGCAGUGAUUUGCUUGGAGAGUCGAGCAACUUCUCCAAGGAUGUACCUUUGGAGGCUUCGAAAUUUGCACCCCAGGAAUCUGUUGAGUUAGAAAACUUGUCUGUGCCAUUGCCACAAGAUGUUAAUAGUGUGGAUGCUGUUAAUCCUAAACCUGCACUACCCUCACCAGCACAGGAUGACAUUUCUAGCAGGCAGAAACAAGUGGGCCAUCGGAAAAGGCUGAAUAUUCCGUUAGACAAAAUUUUAAGUGAAAGGCCAACUCCCACUGGAAGCACUGGGGCCUUAAGAAGUCCUGUUAAUAUGGUUCCAGAUGUAACUGCCACAAAUGAUGAUUCUGCCACACCUAACGAUAGUACUGUUGAUGAUCCCUUGCCACCACAGAAGAGAAAACCACAAAGGAAUGGGAAGAGCAAGCGCAAGCUGGAGGAAGCUUCAUCUGGCGCUCUACCCUUGUCAACACCCACUGAAGAAAAUCCUGUAAAGGUUCAUGUUGACACUGCUAAAACAAAGGCUUCUGAAGCUGCGUUAGAAGUAUCCUCGGUUCAUGUCAUGACUUCAAGGGAGUCUGCGGAGGUUCAAGAUUCUCAGAGUGUUCCAUCUGCAGCCCAAGGUUGGUCUCUGUCAACUGAAGAAGCCCGCGGUAGAGCAAACAACCAAUGGAGGCCUCAGUCUCGCCGGAUGCCAAAAAGCCAACAAGCUACUAGAUCAGCAGAUAAAUUUCAUGGUGGUGAGGCUGUUGUCUGGGCUCCUGUCCGGUCACAGAACAAGAAUGAGGCAUCGGAAGGUGCCAGCCACAGCAGUACUUCUGAGGCUAAUGCUUCCUUUACAAAGAAUGGGCAGGGUAUGCAGAGCAAUAUGAUAAAAGGCAAGAGGGCUGAAAUGGAGAGAUAUGUCCCAAAGCCUGUGGCUAAAGAAAUGUUGCAGCAGUGUAGUGCUGAACGACCAUCAUCUCCUAUAAUUAAUCAAUCCGUACCUCAUGAGGCACCACAGAGAGUAGAAUCUGGUUCUCAGGGUACCGAAGGUGGAUGUCCUGAUGGCUUGGCUACUGGGAAAUCAGGCACCGCCAUUGAGCAUAAGAAUGGGGGAAGCAGGCAUAACAAGCCUGGUAAAGCUCAUGGAUCGUGGCGCCAACGUGGUUUUACGGAACCGCCUCCUCUGCAAGGCUCGCAUGAAGGAUCAUCUCUCUCUUCAGGCACUGGCAAGAAUGCUUAUCAACCCAUCGAGAAACACCAACCCCAGGAGUCAGAGGCAUACUCUCCAAAAGGGCCAGAAAAAUAUUCUGACGACUGGACUUCUAAUAAUCCUGUCUCAACUUAUCGAGCUUCAACUGAUGUUAAAGAUCACAGUGUAAUGGGGAGAGGGAAACGGCAUCCACUUAAGGGGCAGAAAGGUGCAGGGCACAAUCGCAAUGUUGUUGAUCAGAAAGAUUUACAUGGUGGGGCCACUGAUAAGAUUGAUACUCAAACUUCAGCCAUUGAGGCAAGCCAGGCAGAGGGAAGAGUUGUGCAGCGAGAAAACCUUGCUGGAGAACAUUCAACAUCCCAGUGGCAACCAAAAUCUCAGCCGCAUGCUUUUCAUAACCGGCAAAGCAACAGGGGCAAUGGCAACCAGAAGGUUACAGUUCACGUUAGUAGGACUUAUGGAAAGGAGUUUACUCAGCAUGCUGAUGGCUGUGCAUCACAAAGCGUCAUGGAUCAUGUUGUUUUUCCAGACCAACCUCAGCCUCAUCAGUCAGAGACUUUGAAGACUGUCACUGAAAUAUCCACUGUACGCAGCCGUGAGAUUAAGAAAGAAAGGAAGGCUGUAGGUUCAUUCAAACAAUGUGUACCAAACAAAGAUCCUGUUAACCAGAGCGAAGUCAGUCCUGCAAAUGUGGAUACCCAACGGGAGCAACAGUUUUCUUCUGGAUUGCGCAGGCAGGGGCACCCAAAUGGUCGUUUCAACAGGACACAGGAAUCUCCUCAUGCAGGUCGCAACCCAACAGGGCAAGAUAGCAGCAAGCAACAUCAUACGACUACAAAUGGUGACAAGAAGCAUAAUUUGCAUUAUGAGUACCAACCAGUUGGGUCACACAACAAUAAACCGGAGGACUCCUCUGAAAGGGCAGCUGAUGGUGCACAUGUCAUGGGUUCAAGAUAUCGUGAGAGGGGUCAGGAUCACUCGAGGCGUGGGGGAAACUUUUCUGGCCGGAGCAGUGGCACUGUUCGAGUUGCUGCUGGUUAUGGUAUUGAAGAGUGAAAAAUAUUGAACUCGUGUUUUCUUGUUCAAAGCCAUUUCUUCAUACGGCUAAGUAGGGUAGUUGCUUGAUCAAGAAAGCCGUGCAGGUAUAUUCAUUGCUACUUGAUCAGUUUGAGUAUGUUAAUUCUAAGUGAAAGUUUUCACUUUUACAUCCGAGUGUACAUGUCUGUUAAGCAUGAUUCA